AUGGGUCGAACAUCGUUCGAAACAGGAUCUGGGGAUCAGACACCUAGCCGCAAAGCCCGACGCAGGUCUGCCCCAACACCACGCUUGCAACGGUCAUAUGACACAGAGGAACUGUUUGAUGAAACAUGCACCGCACGAAAGAUCCAAUUUACUCCGCUACGCCAAAUUUUGGAUACACGAACCCAGAGGAGAAUUAGGCGAAUUGGGUUGAGUGAUGAAAUCAACCACAUUGAGCGCGAAAAGCGCGAGACGCGCAAUAUGGAAAAGACCAUGCGAGCUUUGCUUCAAGAGCGAGAUGCCCUGAAGGAUGAGCUCAAGGCCAUAAAACAAGGUGGAAGGGGCUUUGGGGACCAAGCUUCGUUGGCUGAGUCUUAUUGGAUGACACCCGACACACCUAGAUCAGUGGCUUCUAAUUACAGUCGGGAUGACGCCGCUCCAUUUUCGAACGGUGACGGGGAGACAUUUAUGUUCAACGACAGUGCUGUCAUUGUGUCCAGCUCCCCUGAUUUCCGUGGUCGAAGUCAUAAUCCACCCGUCACUAAUAGCUUGAUGCUAUCAGACGAUCCCCAGACACCCAUUCGGGCCACCCAAACGCAAACUUCUGUCAACACAAAGGCAUCUGACAUUCACUCACUGACCCUUGAUCUGGAAGCUGCCAGACAAGAAAAGAACAACCUGUUCAAUGCCUGUCGGUCACGAAUCUCAGGGUUCAAUGACCCUAUGAUCAGUAGCCUUUUACGCCAGUCAUCUCCGCCAUCGGACUUCUUCGAGAACAUCGUAGAGGUCUUAGAAAAUGCUCUGUCUCGUGCUUCAGAUGCUGCCGAGACUCUUGAAGGAGUCACCCAAGAAUGCUCCAGCUUAGGAUUCUCCGGGGACGGUGUGGACGAUGUGAUAUCCGAUAUGCGGAUCCACUUCCGCUCAGCUCGUCUUGAGCUUGAGCGUGUGUUACCUGGUGAAACUGCCAAUGUUAGUCUUGAGGAUGGCAAGGCGACCUUAGGUGCACUGGUGAGGCGGGUCAAGUCACUCGCGCAAGAUCUGGGGACUGAGCGCCAUUACCAUCACGGCUCUCUUGGCCGAGAAAAGGCUCUCCGAGGGCAAUUCGAUGCUUUGCUAAACCGAUAUGAGGCAGCUGCAAAAAGGAUUGACACUCUCGAGGAUACAAUCGCAUCUUCUGCGGGCGAUAUGCUCCACACGCGGAUGCGGAUGCAAGACCUCGAGCGCCAAGGCCAAGAACAGGCCGUUGGGAUUGACAGAUUAAAUACAGCCCUCGAUAAAUAUCAUGAUGAAGUGAAAGGCCUCGAAGGUCUUAUCGACAACCUUGAAAAGGAGAACACGGCUACAAAGGAGGACUACACUCGGCAGAUAUCUAAGCUCAAGAAAGAAGUGGACUAUGAACGCUCAAAACGCUGUUCAGCCGAGGCUACUGCUUCUGAAUCUGAGUCUCGUAUCCGAGAAUUAGAGGAAACAGUCGAGCAGAAUCGAAUUCGAGCUUGCGACUUGAUGGCUCAAGUGGAAUCUUUUGAGAAGGAAUACCAAAGGGCCGUUGAGACCCUCGAGAAAAACACCAGUGAACUUCAAACGCACGAAGCAGAGACUGGGACUCUUAACGUCCGCAUCUCAGACCUCACCACGUCAUUGCAUGGUGCUAAAUGUGAAAUGCGGCGUCUUCAUGAUCUCAAUACUGGCCUUGAAGAACAGCUGCAGAUAGAAGUCGAAGCCCGGAAUGAGCUCCUGGACAAGUGGGCCGCAGAUCAAGUGCGAUCAUUCGCCCACAUGAAGGAGACUAUCAACUCAGAACGUCGCAGAGCCAAAGUUCGUGCGGCCAAUUGGGAAUUGAAAUCAGACGAUCUCAUGUCAGAUGGCACUACAGUCGGCAGUGCGAGUGAGCCAAUUACUCCCGUUAGCGCCCGAUUUGUUGAUUUCGAAGUCGGCCGUGGCAAGGACCGUCGGCGUAUAAAUAUCGAAGAACUGGAGAAUGACAUUUCGGAUGUCGGCAGCGGUAUCGGAUCCCAUAUUAAUAUCCAUCUUCCCGCAUCGGAUCCGGCUUAG